UUGGAAUCGUCUCGUGUCAAAGUUGACUGGGACUGCGCUGUCACGUCUUUGUUGCUCCCUGAAGCUCACCCAAUCGUCUGAAUAUAAAAAGAAAACACACAUGUGGGGAAAAUAAGAUUAUUUUCCUGACCGGAGAAUCCGAUUAAAACAGCCGUUAACUAGUAAGAGCACCCACAAGAUGGACAAUAAUAUGAACGGAUCCCUGCCUGUUGGCUCCUCUGCGUAUCUACAACAGUGGAUUCAGUCGGCUCAGCAGUUCCAAGCCCUCCAAGCCCAAUAUUCAACCUACAACCGUCUGCCACACUGCCCGGAGGAACACACAGGGGGAACAGUGGCAGCUACAUCGCACAUUGUUCACCCUCAGCCCGCGAUGGAGCAGCAGGAGCCUGCUAAUCUGACAAAACCCCCGCCCAAAAAGCGAGGCCGACCAUCUCAGCCCAAGGAACCCAAGCCGCCAAAGGCCCCCAAGGUCCCAAAGGAACCCAAGCCCCCAAAGGAACCCAAGCCGCCAAAGGAACCCAAGCCCCCAAAGGAACCCAAGCCCCCGAAGGUACCCAAGCCCCCGAAGGAACCCAAGCCUCCGAAGGAACCCAAAGCGCCCAAGGCCAAACCGGGCCCAAAGCCCAAGAAAGGCGCCCAGGGACAGGCGGACGAUGGCAAGCAGGAGAAGAUUGACGAAAGCUUCAAGAAGGUGAAGAGAAAAGUGGAUCGUUUCAAGGGCAUGUCGGAGGAGGAGGUGAUGAAAAAGACCCUGCCGGACCUGCUGGACCACAAUCUGGACUAUGUCAUUAUUGGUAUCAAUCCAGGACUGAUGGCUGCUUUCAUCGGACGAUGGUUUCCUGGUCCUGGAAAUCAUUUUUGGAAGUGCCUCUUCCUUUCGGGAUUCACCGAAGAGCAACUCAACCACAUGCAUGACACCACUUUGCCUGGCAAGUACAAAAUGGGCUUCACCAACAUGGUUGCCAGGGCGACGCCAGGCAGUAAAGACCUGUCUAGCAAAGAGCUGCGUGAAGGGGGCAAAAUUCUUGUGGAGAAACUGAUGAAAUACAAACCUCUCAUUGCAGUCUUCAACGGAAAGUGCAUAUAUGAAAUGUUCUGUCGAGAACUCUUUGGCAAGAAACCAAAGACGCUGGAGUUUGGUUUGCAGCCUCACAAGAUCCCCGACUGUGAGGUGGCUUUGUACUUGAUGCCAUCAUCCAGCGCCCGUUGCGCUCAGUUCCCUCGUGCUCAGGACAAAGUCCACUUUUACAUUAAGUUGCGGGAGCUGCGCGACCACCUGCGGGGCAUUCAGCGGCCCAGGGAGAUUGAAGAGAUCAACUACUCAUUCGACCUUCACCUGGCCAAGGAGGACGCCAAGAGAGUGGCCAUCAAGGAGGAGCAGUACGAUCCCGGCUACGAGGACGCCUACGGCGGAGCUUAUGGCGAACCGCCGGCCGAGGGAGGCCAGAGUCAAGCCAACGGACACUUUGCCUUCUCGCCAAGCCAGGAAAAAAAUGCUGCAGAAGACGAAGGACAGGAAGCGAGCUCGUCAAAAACUUCUCAACUACCCAAUGGAGAGGGGAUGACGCAAUCGUGCCCCAGUCAGUUUCCUGAUCAAAGCACAGAGGGAAGAGGAGAAGGAGAAGGCGGAGGAGCUAGCCUGUCCUCAGCCGUAUAAUAACAAAUUGUUCCAAUUUUUAUAUAUUUUUUCUUCCUGAGUGGAAUAUACACGCCUAGAUAGACUUUGUAGACAUUCUUGCAGAAUAUUCGUUCUGCACUGGUUUUAAAAUGUUGUUGUGGUAUCAUGCUCUCCAUGGCCGCCAUUACACACACACACACACACAAAUGAAAUGCAGGGACAAUGACAAUUGUUUUGGCUCUUUCCACUGAGAAAAAGGGCACUGUACUUUGGACUACGGACCAGCUGGGGCAGCAACAGGAAACUGGAAGUGGAAUAGGGACAUGGAACGGAAAUGCUAACUUCCCUAGCAUUAUUUUCUUUUCUCCGUCUAAUUCUGACUCCACUAUGAGUCUAUGGACAAAUGUUGGGGCUCGUCUCAAUACUUUUUUUUCCACUGAGAUAAGAGUGGACAAAGUUAUUGACACCUCUGAAAGGUGUUGUGUUUCAAUAGUUUUGUUCAUUUUAAAUUGAAAUGUGUGACCCAAUACCCUUGUCUACGUUAAUCACGACUGCGUGGACAAAAGUAUUGAGGCAUAGGGCAAUUUUUUUAAUCAAGAGUCGUCCACAGAGUGGAAAUAAGCGUUAACAAAGGUAGCGCAACAUAACUUUGUGUUCACUUUUUAAUUAGGAGUUGUGUCCUAAUACUUUCUACUACCGCUGUUCAUCUUCCUUCUAUGGAGACAAAAGUAUAGAGACGUACUUGAACCCCUUAAGAAGUUCAUCCCAAUGCUUUGUUUCAACUCAGCAACAACGUCCUUGGUGCCCUUUUUUUUAAUCGGGUUUACAGUUGUGCUGUACUGCACACCGAUGCAGUAAACAAGCCAACAUGCGCAACUACUGCUUUGAUUGCAGGGAAUAAACCUCAGCCGCCUUUUUUUUUUAAUUCAUUUCGUUUUAGGACUUUUUAGAAUCGGUUGAUGAAAAUUACACUCAAGGAGUUUUGUGAUUGUUUUGUCCAUUAAAACAUGUCCUUAUGGUGCUUUUU